AAAGAUCAUUGGUUCACGCCUCCCCUGAGACGUGCUGGGCCAUUUAUCACAAGGGAGGAACCAGUUAAUAUCCCUAGUCUUAGAGAACCCUCGCAGGGUACAAAAGAGUUUGCCAAACGAAAACGGAAAAAGAGCUUGGAGUACACAACGGUAGAGAUCAAAAGAGGGCCUAGCGAUGAGUUAGGGUUCAAGAUUGAAGGAGGACUUGAUUCCCCUAUCAUUCCUGGGGAUCCAGGAAUAUUUGUCCAACACGUCGUCCCAAAAGGACCAGCCUAUGCUAAGCUUUACCCUGGUGAUAGAAUAUUGGCGGUCAAUGACGUAAAUGUUUCUCACGUGACACGAAGGGAAGCCAAAGAGAUAAUCAGUAACACAACAGGACCGGUCAUUGCGAUUUACGUCAAAAGAGCAACUCGGCGACAGCAAACGAUUCAAAGUAUCCUAUCUGGAGUAAAAGCCAAAGAUAGCUUUUUUACUAAGGAACARCUAGAAGAACUGGAUGAUGCAUUUUCAGUGUUUAGUAAAGACACAUCGGGAUUCGUUAAAAUUAGYAAGAUAUUCAACCUUAUUCGGUCGCUUGGUCAUAAUCCUGCUGAGCACGUGGUCUGGGUCUACCUCAACGAACUCGGUUUGACAGCUAAUUCCAAGUUGUCUUUUUACGAUUUUGUGGAGUUAAUGACUGUUAUAGUAUCGGAACAAAACAGAGAGAAUGAGUUAUCAGCAGCAUCUAACGUGUUUGAUACAGAAGAAAGAGGGUUUGUGACUGUGAUGGAACUAAAAGAAGCAUUUGAAAGAAUGCCCGGAAGAGAAAGCAUGUUGGAUUCAGAAUUGAAGGAAAUUAUGACAAAUGCAGAUCCCUCCAAGAAAGGAAUUAUACGAUUAAGAGAUUUUGAGACUCUUCUUCAGCCGUCAAUAACAUUAUAUUAACCAUUGUGCGAAUAGGAAUUGUCAAUUAGGAAAUAAGAAAAUACCAGACAACGCAAGUCAACGCUGGACGUGAUUGAGAAAAAUAUUUAUUACGAGCGCCCGCCUGUAAGAUAAGGAGAACCAAUCGCUGGACGAGUGCGGGCAUGUAGAGGUAGCAACAAUAAUCUUCUAUCAACGUUGUAAAGAGGCAUACCCACACCGAUGACUGCUAGAGGCAACACCUGGAAAACAAUGCGAAACAUAGCUAAUUGCGUUCAGCAUAAACGCUAUCUAUUACAAGAUAUAUAUAAUAUAAAUAUACGCCAUAUAUUAAAAAAUUAAAAGCGAAGAAUUAAAAAAAUCUUUUGAUGGUUUAUAAACGUCCAUUUUGGAUGCCCUUGAUUUUAUACAAUGAACUUUAUAUGAAAUCUUAGUAUUUUAAGAAUGAUUUAUAAUUAURAAAUCGUAAUAAAUGUCUAAUAAAAUAUUUUUCAACGUA